AUGGACCCUCCUUAUCAACCGGCAAACAUCACCUUCGAUAGCAACGGCAGCAACAACAACAGCUCUUUUAACCCCAACUUCGACGCCCGUAGCAACAGUCCAAACGGCAAUGCAGUAAGCCACGGUAACGGCGGCCCGAGCAGAAGCAACAUUGACUUCAACAACAACAGCAACAACAACAACAACGGGAAUGGAAUGCAGAACCAGAACCAGAACCCCAUCAACCCUCAACACCAAAGCAUGAACAUGCCUCAGAACCAGAACGGCGUCCAGAAUCAAGGCGGAUUCCAAAAUCAGAACCCCUUUCAAGACCCUGCUGGCUACAACGGCCCACAGAAUCAGAACAGCUUUCAGAACGGCUAUCAAGGCAACAAUGGUCCAAUGAACCAAAACCAAACCGGGGGCUACCAGAACAAUAACGGACCCCAGAACCAGAACGGCUACCAGUAUCCCAACGACUUCCAAAACCAGAGCGCUCCUCAGUAUCAUUCUCGGAAUGUAUCAGGGCAGUCUACACGGACAAACACGUGGUUAAACACGCCCGUGGCACCAUACCCUCCCAACUCCAACGGCCAACAAGGGUACUUCCCGGGCCCCAUCGAUGCCAAUGGCUAUCCAGUCGAUGUCAAAGGCAAGCAACCGUACGUCGAAGAGCGUUCGGUACAGCCUACACCAGCUGAGACACCCCGUGACUCUAUCGAUGUGGGCAAGGAGAAGGCAGAAGCGCAUGCCGUUCCCCACGAUCCCCAUAAGAAAGACCCCAAUCAACCUUUCAUGUCGUUUGGCCAACGUAUCCGACACUUCACAUGGGCUUGGUACACACUUACAAUGGCCACCGGUGGUAUCUCCACACUCAUCGCUAUCCAGCCUCACAGAUUUCCCGGGCUGAUUACUAUUGGAGCCGUCUUCUACGUUGUCAAUCUCAUCUUCUUUGCGUCACUCAACGCGAUGAUGAUUCUCCGAUUCACCAAAUUCCCUGGCACAUUCAAAGAGUCUGUCAUGCACGAGCGUGAGGCGCUUUUUCUCGGUCCUUUCUUCCUCUCAGUUGCAACCAUCAUCACAGGCACGCAAAAGUACGUCGUCGAGUCGUAUGAGACUUCGCACCCAAUGCGCGGCUGGAUCGUUACCACAAUGGCCAUCGCAUUCUGGGCCUACGUUUUCGUCACUUUCUGUCUUGCAUCUUUCCAGUACUCGUAUCUUUUCGCAGCACACACAUACCCCCUGAACAAAUUCAUGCCAUCGUGGCUUCUUCCCAUCUUCCCUAUCAUGCUUGGUGGAACCAUUGCCUCUGUCAUCGCGAAAGACCAGCCAGUGAGCGCUAGAAUGCCUAUACUGGUGGGAGGUCUCGCAUGCCAGGGCCUGGGCUUCACUGUCUGUAUUCUCAUGUACGCGCACUACAUUGGUCGCUUGAUGCAGGUUGGCUACCCCAACCGUGAGCAUCGAGGUGCCAUGUUCAUCGGCGUCGGACCGCCAUCAUUCACUGCUCUUGCGUUCAUCGGCAUGGCCAACGCGCUUCCUGACGAUUUCGACCUUCAAGGCGAUGGUCUGGUUGACGCUAAGGUUAUCCGAACGAUGGCGAUCGUCUCUGCUAUCUUCCUGUGGGCUUUGGCUAUGUGGUUCUUCAUGAUUGCAUUGGUUGCUGUUCUUCACUCUCGCCCAGAAUACUUCCAUCUCGGCUGGUGGGCUAUGGUGUUCCCCAACACUGGUUUCAUCAUUGCGACCAUCAACAUUGGCAACAGUCUCAAGGAUGAGAUCAUCCUGUUCGUGGCUAACGGUCUUACCAUCGCGGUUUUGAUCAUGUGGGCGUUUGUUCUCUACCACAACAUUCGCGCCGUGAUCGUCGUCGACAUCAUGUAUCCUGGUCGCGAUGAAGACGUCGAAGAUUAG